CGGACAACUUCAUAAACCCGUGUCAUAGCAGAUUUCUUGACGAUCUUCACCCAUGAUUUUCUCAGAAAUAACAUACCUACCUCAGGACGAUGGCGCGCAGUGGCGGAAAAGCAGCCAACUUGCGGCAAACCUGUAUAAUGGUGGGGGUAAGCUGUGGACCAAAGACGAUCUCCGAGAUAUCGAACAGCAACUUGCGCACUCUGAUAAGCAUGAAUUUUUCACGGUUCGCUUGAUCGAUGGCACGGAAGGUCGAGUAAAGAACGAGAUGUUUGGCGAAAAACAACCAAUAUGGCAGCCACGUGUUAAAUACCAGGAAUAUUGGCGACUUGUAGAUGUGCAACCUAAAGGUCCUCCGGAGAUAUAUCGCUGCUCAUAUUUGAUACAUUGGGAAAACAUUAGCGUCCCGAAGUUUUUGGGCGUUUUAGACGAUUCGGAUAUUUUGUUUGAAGAGGCCAAGGUCGCCUGGGAUAAGAGUAGCAGCCGCAGUCUUUUCAAGUCUCUUCUUGAAAAUACCUUCGUCAUUGAGAAAGUGACAAAGAUUGUUUGCUUUGGAUUGGGAGACAUGUGCCGCAAUCCCCCAGAGUGGUACAAACCAGAUACCAAUCCUUCCCGCCGCAGUAAGGUUCAGCACUCGAUUGCCUUGACCAUGGCGGAAAUAUGUCGCGCCAGCACCGGCAAUGAAGUCCAAUUACUAGCCCAGGAUCCUGACUACACGGAAUCAUCCAUCAACGUCUUGCAGAAGCACGACGUUUCGAUUGUUGGUCAUUAUGGAGCGGGAGGCUUUGCGGAAGUCGAUAACAACUCCAUAGUGUUCUCAGCCUUUGUCCAAGCUCCCCUCAAGCAGAUCAUCGCUGACAUAGCGCGCCCACUCAUCAUCAUCACCACCCGCUUUGGGACCUUUGGCAGUUUCGACCAUGGGCAGACGCAGAUUCCCCGCGAACAAGAGCGAUGUGGGAAGAAUAUGACGAAUUUGAUUUUCCAAUAUCACAUGAGGAUGAAAAACUGGUGGGCAACUUACAUGGGCUGUACAUCUAUGUGAGGAAAAAUGGUUGAUUCAUAGAGCGACAUCUUCAACCAUGAAUAAGGUGAUUGAGGUGCAGAUAGAGAGAGAAGACGACAGACCUUGUAAAGAGGGACUCAACGGGUCGUUGCACGUUGCUACUU